UAGCCGCCGCGCUCCUGCUUUUCGCUCACUUGGAUUCGACCAUGACAGCCACGGCCAUUCUGUUGAUCCUCUUGGCCUUGCUACUGGCAGCGCUUCUCAUAUGGCGUCGGUGGCACUUCUCGUAUUUCCAGAGGAUCGGAAUUCCCGGGCCAAAGCCCAACAUAAUUUGGGGAAAUCUCAAGGAAUACCACUCAAUGGAGAUCUACAAAGUGAUGGGCAAAUGGCUUGACCAGUACGGGGAUAUUUUUGGGUUCUACAACGGUGACGCCCCUUUUGUCGUGACCAGAGACAUAAACUUCAUAGAGUACAUCUUUGUGCGCAACUUUCAGAACUUCGUUGAUCGAGGCCUUACUAUGAUGACUGACCAAAUGCACCCCCAGUUGAAGAAGUCCCUCAUGCACGUCGGUGGGCUUCCAUGGAAAAGUAUUCGGACAUCUGUGGCCUACGGUCUAAGUACCAGCAAGCUGAAACAGAUGGUGCCACACCUACAAGAAGACGCGGAUAUCUUCAUUAAGUCACUACAAAGGCACGCCGACACUGGAGAAGAGGUGCACAUUCUUCGCAAGUUUGAGGAGCUCUCCAUGGACUACGUAGCCCGAGGAUCGUUCGGCAUCGACGAACGCUUUCAAGGGAAGCCUGACCAUCCACUCAUGGCCGUCGCCAAGGCUACCCUAAGGGGUACAAUGAAGGGUCCUUUUCACAUGAUUGCGCAAUGCACGACGGCGUUCGGUCUACUCAUGAAGCCGUUCUACUGGCUUUCGCUCCUCCUUGGUGAAUAUACGUUUGAGAACUUUAACGAACACACAGCCAAGGUCAUUCAGCUGAGAAAAAGUGACCCCUCGGCGCGGAAAGCUGACAUCUUGCAAAAUCUCCUCGACGCGGAGUACACUGAGGCUGAAGAGGAGCGUGGCGAUAACAAAGUUUCAACCGGAAGUAUUAGGAGCAGAGCUCUAACCACUGAAGAAAUCAUAACCACAGCUACAGUACUUUUCAUCGCCGGGUUUGAAACUACAGCAACAGCCCUAAGCUACGUAGUGUAUGCCCUCGCUAAGCAUCCGGAAGUACAAGAAAAGCUACGGCGAGAAAUCUUCGAUGCGGUUGGUACCAAUGGUCCUUUGGACUAUGAAACAGUCAUGAAGAAGCUGAAAUACUUGGAAAAAGUAGUGGACGAAUCACUACGUCUUUAUCCUCCAGGGCUAACGUUUGUGACGCGGCAGGCCAAAGAAGACUUCGAAUACAACGGCAUCAAAUUCAAGGCCGGCACAAGCUUUAUUGUACCGCAGUACCAGAUACUAACGGACCCACGAUAUUUUUCGAACCCUAUGGAGUUUAAUCCCGACAGGUAUUCCCCAGGAAAUGAGGCCUCAUUCACAAAAGCAGCACACAUCUCUUUCGGAGUGGGGCCUCGCAACUGCGUUGGAAUGAAGCUGGCAUUGCUGAAAUUAAGGUACACUGUGGCCAGGAUGGUCCAGAAGUACCAGGUGGAAUUGGGCCCCUCUCAGAAGGGAACCAUGGAACUCGGCCAAUAUGGAAUGGUAUCAACGCCUGCGAGGGGACCAUGGAUAGUUCUGCGCACUUUGUCAAAUGAACGCUCCGGAAGCUGAUUCGCGAAGUUCCACUGUAAAUAGCCAUUGCGUUAAGUCGUUCCUUUGUCAUUCGCCGCCACUACGUGCGCCAUUACGUGCGCCAUUACGUGGCAGAUUAAACCACCACCCUUGAA